CUCUCUCUCAUCAUCUCUCUCUCUCUCUCUCUCAUCAUCUCUCUCUCUCUCUCUAUAACAUUGUAGUGUGUGUGGAGCCCAUCGCUGAACCUCUGCUUAGCUGGCUUCAAGCUCUUUUUAUGGAGCUUGUCUGCUUCACUGUUUCCCCACCCAAUUCACAACUAAAUUAACCAAAAAACAAUUCCAAAUUCACUUUCCUCCAAACUCUUCUUUUCAAUUCUAUCAUUCAUAUGCACAUACCCUUUUUCUUAUUCAACAAUUUCAUCAUCAUCAUCUACAUAGUACAUACCAAACCCCCAAAAAACUAAACAAAAAACCCUACUUCUGUGUUUUUUCAUUUCAUGGAUCCUCAGAUCUAAAGAUUUCACAAUCCCUUCAUUUUCGGAUCAUCCAAUUAAGACUCUAAUUGUUUGUUUGUGGUGAAUCAUCAUCAUUGUUGUGGUAACUGGUGACUUGUGAGAGUUUAUCAGUGUAAUACUGUAUCUAUAUAGUAUAUAGUGAUUGAACAUUCCGAGGGGGGAACUGUGUUUUUGUGGUAUAUGUUAGAUGUGGAAAUCCUUGAUGGUUGUUUGGUGAAAUGAGGGAUGUUAUCGGAGUUAGUGAGAUUUUUGAAGGCCUGCUUUCGGCCGAGUUCGGACAAAUAUGUACAUGCGGGGCCAGACGCUGGAGGUAGACAGGAUGGACUAUUAUGGUACAAAGACUCGGGGCAGCAUAUGUGUGGCGAAUUUUCGAUGGCGGUAGUCCAAGCAAACAACUUGCUAGAGGAUCAGAGCCAGAUUGAAUCGGGGAGUUUGAGCUUGAAUGAGUCUGGCCCUUAUGGAACUUUUGUUGGUGUCUAUGAUGGGCAUGGAGGGCCUGAGACGUCACGGUUUGUCAACAAUCACCUUUUUCACAAUCUCAAGAGAUUUACUUCUGAGCAACAAUCGAUGUCAGUGGAUGUAAUUCGCAAGGCAUUUGAAGCAACAGAAGAGGGGUUUAUGUCACUGGUUUCGAGACUGUGGCCAAUUUCACCGCAAAUUGCAGCAGUUGGUUCAUGCUGUCUUGUUGGUAUUAUUUGUAAUGGAACCCUUUAUAUAGCAAAUCUUGGUGAUUCCAGGGCUGUUUUGGGAAGAGUGGUCAAGGCAACUGGUGAGGUCUUAGCCAUGCAAUUAUCAACAGAGCACAAUGCAUCAAUAGAGUCCGUAAGACAGGAGCUGCAUUCGUUGCACCCCGAUGAUUCAAAUAUUGUCGUUUUAAAGCAUAAUGUAUGGCGUGUGAAGGGAAUUAUUCAAAUUUCUAGAUCUAUUGGUGAUGUAUAUUUGAAAAAAGCCGAGUUUAAUAGAGAACCAUUGUAUGCUAAAUUUCGAGUUCAUGAGCCGUUGAAGAGGCCAGUACUGAGCUCAGAACCAUCCAUAUUAGUGCAUCAAUUGCAGCCUCAUGACCAAUUUAUUAUUUUCGCAUCUGAUGGGUUAUGGGAGCACUUCAACAAUCAAGAAGCAGUUGAUAUAGUGCAAAACAACCCUCGCUCGGGAAUUGCAAAGAGGAUGGUGAAAGCAGCACUUCAAGCAGCGGCGGAGAAGAGAGAAAUGAGAUAUUCAGAUUUAAAUAAAAUUGACCGUGGAGUUCGGCGACAUUUCCACGAUGAUAUAACUGUGAUUGUUGUGUAUCUUGACUCAAAUCUGAUGAGCAGGGCAAGCACUGUGAAGUUCCCUAGUAUUUCUAUUAGAGGGGGAGGUGUUAAUAUCCCUCACAACACAUUGGCACCUUGUACUACUAUACCAACAGAUAUUGCUGGUACUUGAUCAUCAUGUUUAAUUUAAUUGGAGGAUUUAUCUAUACUAGUAGGAUUUAGAGUAUCAACAAAUAUAUUUUAAAUUGCAUCAUUUUGAUGUGCCAAAGGUCCACAUUUAGUAAGAAGUGAACAAAUGUUAGAAUAAAGUAAAGUGUUCUUGAAUAAAAGUUAGCAACAAAUGUAAA